AUGAAGCUCAUCGCCCUCACUCUGUGCGCCCUCGGCCUCGCUGGCCUCUGCUCCACCCAAGCAGUCGGCACAACCACGCUCCUUACAUCUGUGAGUUGCAUCGACCACAAGAUCUGCGCCGACCCCCCUACCCGCCGCAACUCGUACACCUUCCGCCAGACCUCGACCCCGUGGACCACCCUGAAGGCUGCCCCAAAGGCUACCCCAUCCACCGGCUCAAACGGCUACGGCUACCCCAUCGCCACACACACUGUCUGCGCCACCGAUCACUGCACCACGAGCGUUGACUGUGGCAACGUGAACUCGACGGCAGUAUGGUGGCCUGCAUCUACUACUCGGUGCACUACAGUGGACGCUGCGGAGCCUGCUUGCACUGCCAAGCUUACCGGAGCGUACUCUUGUAUGCCUGUUGAGCAUGCGCCGACGUCGACAGAGGACUAUGGCGGUAGGAGCCAGCGGUGGGUUGCGAAGUUGGCUAGGGCUACGUCGAAGAAGUCGGAGGGUUAUGUAUUGCCGCCAGGUAUCACUACUACCAAGGUGCCCUGGACGCAUUCUUGGGUUCCGGCGCCAACUCACUGUUAUUCUUGCAUCCGCCCGUCUUCUAGGUCUUCCACGACUAGCUCGACGGUGCAGGGGGAAGUUACGGUGUUUGCGGAGUAA